CCCACAGUGAAUUCAAUACCUCAAUGAAGGACCAAACAGAGAAUAUCUCUCCUCCAUUAAAGAAAUUAAAAGUAGAGGCCGAACCUGUGAUAUCUGAAAAAUUGAUUGAUUCUGAUUCAUCUAAAACUGUGUUUGAUCCUUUAUGUAUUCAAAAUGAAAAGACAGGUGAUUUAUUUGUUAUUCCAAGUGAAAACUAUGACAAAAAUAUAAAAAGAAAGACUAGAAAAUGGCGACCAAUUAUGAAAAUGAAUCCAUUUCCUAUUAAAGAAUAUUUACAACUUAGUUUUGUUGAGGCUUUCUUUCUGUGCUAUGGAUUAGGGUGUUUAAUUGUUCAAAAUUCUGAGAGAAAUAUUGAUAUCAAGAGUUUAUGGAAGUUAUUUUGUACUAAACAGAGAAAUUUUAUACCAAGUUAUAUUUGUUAUCACUAUUUUAGAAGUAAAGGAUGGGUACCAAAAUCAGGUUUAAAAUUUGGCUGUGAUUACAUUCUGUAUAAAGUUGGUCCACCAUUUUAUCAUGGAAGUUAUUCUGUUAUAAUACAAUAUGUAGAAGAAGGAAGUCUAAAACCAGUAUCAGGAUACUAUCAACGCAAAUUAUCCUGGAGAUCAUUAUGUGGUUUAAAUAGAAUAACUGAGCAUGUAGGAAAGGAAGUUUUGAUAUGUUAUGUUAUUAAACCAAAGAGUAUCUCGGACGAAACAUUUUCAUCUGAUUUCAUUUCUCAUUUUAAAGUAAAGGAAAUAAUGUUAUCACGUUGGGUCUCAUCACAGGAAAGACAAAAUAAAGAAACUGAAGAUAUUCCAUAAAAAUAAAUUAUAUUUCAAAUUC